CACCCACCACGUGUUUCCGGCCGAACAGCUGUUUACUGCGUAGCUCCAGUCGUCGGCUGCUCCCCGACCACCCAACCCCACCAAGUCGUGGUUGGGGCGGCCUUCUUCCACGGACAAUUAAAGCCUUUUGAAACUAAGCUUUGACUUCUAGACGGGUUUAACAGCCACGUGAGCGAUGGCGACCUGCGGCGUGGUGUCUUCCAAAACGUUCCUCAUCUUCCUCAACCUCGUGUUCUGGGCAGGUGGUGGUAUCCUGUGCUAUAUCGGCGCCUACGUGUUCAUCACCUACGACAGCUACCAGCACUUCCUGGAGGACCGCUACGCGCUGUUGGCGCCGCUGGUGGUCGUCGCCGUCGGCAUCUUCCUGUUCGUCGUAGGCAUCGUGGGCUGCUGCGCCACCGUGCGCGAGAGCAAGUGCGGCCUCUCCACGUUCUUCAUCCUCCUGCUGGUGAUCUUCUCCCUGGAGGUGGUGGCUGCUCUCCUGGGCUACGCGUACAGAGGCCAGGUGAAGGACAAGGUGGAGGGGACGAUCUCUCAGGUGUUUGAAGAGUACAACGGCACAGACUCCAACACGGCCAGUCGCGCCAUCGACUACGUGCAGCGUCAGCUCAAGUGCUGUGGCGUCAAAAACUACUCGGACUGGAUGGAUCGUCCGUGGUUCAAUCGCACGGGCAACAACAGCGUCCCCGUCAGCUGCUGCCGGAGCAAUGUCACCCACUGUGACGGCAACAUGAAGCAUCCGAGGGACAUCUACAAUGAGGGCUGCGAGGCGUUGGUGGAGAAGACCAUUAAGGAUAUCCUCAACUACGUGAUGCGGGUGGCACUAAUCUACGCGGUCGUGCAGCUGCUGGGCAUGCUGUGCGCCUGCAUCGUGAUUUGUCACAAGAGGAGGGCCCACCCAGAAUACGAGCCCCUGGUGACUGGGGGAACGCAGGCUUGAGAGGUGGGGACUGCAACAAAAGCGGCGGCAGCAGCAGAAGAAGAUGAAAUCGCAGCUCCGGAUCGCCUCCGUUCCGGAGCAUAUGGCUGUGAGAUUAAUACGCGUUGAGGGUUCUGUGUGUUUUUCUCCUUUAAACCCGUGUGCACAUGAUUAGCGGUGGGGAGGGGGAAUAAUGGGGGGUGGAUGAACGUGUGAUGACAAACGUGGCAAAACGGUUAUGUGCAGAAAUUAAUCUGCUUGUUUUUGACGUGCAAGUAAUGCAACUGAUUUAAUAAAAACUGUCCUGGAUACGA